GAGCCCUAGCGAACACCCACCUUUGUCGCCGCCGCCGCCGCCUUGCAGAGCGCUCGUGGUGCCCACCUCUUCCCUACUCUCCUAGCGGUCACUCCCCGCUGGUCUCCGUCGUCGCCUUCCUCCCCAUCAUUACGGCAUCGGCUAUCCCUCUCCAAUCUUUCUCAGAGCACUCGCGCAUGCCCACCUCUUCCCAACUCUCCUAGCCGUCACCCCCGCUGGUCUCCGUCGUCGCCUUCCUCCUCCUUACUCUCCUAGCCGUCCCGCCCCGCUGGUCUCCGUGGUCGCAUUCCUCCCCAUCAUUACGGCGUCGACCAUACCCUCUCCAAUCUUCCUCAGGUUUUCUGCUUCCAACGACUAUAAAUCAUAGCCAAACCCUAAAGUGCAGAUAAUCCACCCAUGAGCUUGGAGCCCUUUAACAGGUUGGUGAGGCUUUCGGCCCGGGCCUUCUAUGAUGAUAUUACUAUGAAGGGCGAUAACCAGCCCAAGAGUGGGAGGGGAGAUAACAGGGGAAUGGCUGUGGUGGUCCUCGAUGCUCUUACUAGGCGCCAAUGGGUUAGAGAGGAAGAUUUGGCAAAGGCUUUGAAGUUGCAUUCGAAACAACUUCGCCGUACUUUACGAUUUUUUGAAGAGGAGAAACUGGUCACAAGAGAUCACCGGAAAGAGACUGCCAAGGGUGCAAAAGUAUUCAGCGCUGCAGUUGCUGCCACUGGUGAUGGUCAACAAAUGGUUAAAGAGGGUGAAGAGAAGACAAAACUGCAUACCCAUUCUUACUGUUGCUUAGAUUAUGCACAG